GCCCGUUAAAUCUGUUCUCUCGCCCGAUUCACACCACACUUGCAGUAGGAGCUCAUCCUCCAUGGCGACUCGGAUUCUGCCAUCCCAUCCUUCGGCGCUUCCUCGUACACACGACCCCAACAACAACGGCAGCGGCUGCAGCAGGAGCAACAACCUCCCUGUUAGGAGGAAAGCCGAGGACCAUCCGGUUCUCGCGCUUCUGGACGACCACCGGCGCCUCGACGCCGACGGCAUCAGGCGAAUCCACGCCCGCAUGCUUCGCCUUGGCCUCCUCGGCCACCCUUACUCGGCCAGCCGCCUCCUCGCCGCCUGCUCCCUCUCCCCCUCCGCCGACCUUCGCUACGCCCGCCGGGUGUUCGACCACAUCCCCGCUCCCAAUCUCUUCACCUGGAAUAUCAUCAUCCGCGCCCACGCCUCCGCCCCCGAUCCUCGCCUCGCCCUCCUCCUCUUCUCCAGCUUGCUCCGCCACAGCCCCCACUCGCCGGACAAGUUCACCUUCCCUUUCGCCAUAAAGGCCGCUGCCGAACUGGCGGCCCUCCGCGAGGGCGCCGCCCUCCACGCGAUGGUCGCCAAAUCCCCCCUUUUACGUUCCGACGUCUUCGUCCUUAACUCUCUCGUCCACUUGUACGCGGCCUGCGGGGACUCGAAUCUCUCCCUCAGGGUGUUUGAGAAGAUUCCUGAGCGAGACGUCGUGUCUUGGAACUCCGCGAUCACUGCUCUGGCGCAGGGCGGUCGCUGGGACGAGGCUCUGCAACUGUUCGAGGAGAUGGAUGGCGAGAACGUGAGGCCCAACGACGUGACGAUGGUGAGCGUUGCUUCAGUCUGUGGGAAAAAGGGCGACUUGGAGCUUGGCAAGCGAAUACAUUCUUACAUUGAGCGAAAUGAUAUUAAGCAAAGCUUAAUACUGGAUAAUGCCUUGCUCGACAUGUUUGUGAAGUGCGGAAGCUUGGCGGACGCCGAGUCGCUCUUUGAUGGCAUGACCACCAAGGACUCCAUCUCGUGGACCACGAUGCUCGUCGGGUAUGCAAAGUCAGGGCAGUUCGAUGCCGCGCGCCGAGUGUUCGAUGAAAUGCCCAGGCGUGAUAUUGCUUCUUGGAAUGCUUUGAUCUCGUGUUAUGAACAGAGUGGUCGUCCGAAGGAAGCUUUAGAUCUCUUCCAUGAAUCGCAGCAUGCCGAUGCUACGCCUGAUCAGGUAACACUGGUUGCUGCACUGUCAGCUUGCUCCCAAUCGGGUGCACUGGAGUUGGGCUGUUGGAUCCAUGCAUACAUGGAGAAGAACAACUUGGAGCUAAAUUUUCAUCUCACAACUUCGCUGAUCGACAUGUAUUCCAAGUGCGGAGACGUGGAUAAGGCCCUCCAUGUGUUCGGCUGUGUGAGCAGGAGGGAUGUGUUCGUGUGGAGUGCCAUGAUUGCAGGGCUGGCAAUGCAUGGAAGGGGAAGAGAAGCUUUGGAUCUCUUUGAGCAAAUGCAGGAGGCCAAGGUAGAGCCGAACACCGUAACCUUUACCAACAUAUUAUGUGCUUGUAGCCAUGCAGGGUUGGUCGAGGAGGGCAGGCUGUAUUUUAGCCAAAUGCUUCCUGUCUAUGGCAUUUCACCGACUGCCGAUCACUACAGUUGCAUGGUUGACAUCCUCGGCCGUGCCGGGCGAUUGGAAGAAGCCAGAGGGUAUGUGGAGAACAUGCCAAUGCCGCCGGGCGCUUCAGCAUGGGGUGCAUUGCUCGGAGCCUGUGCCGUUCAUAAAAAUGUCGAGUUGGGUGAGCUUGCAUGUAAACAACUGCUGGAGUUGGAGCCUAGAAAUCAUGGAGCCUAUGUGAUUUUGUCUAAUUUAUAUGCCAGAUCAGGAAGAUGGGAUGCUGUUGCCAUGCUGAGGAAGUGGAUGAAAGACAGUUCACUUAAGAAGGAGGCAGGUUGUAGCUCCAUAGAAGUUCAUGGUGUGGUGCAUGAGUUUUUGGUGGGAGAUAUAUCUCACCCUAUGAAGGAGAAGAUAUAUCUGCAGUUGGAGGAUAUGGCGUCGAGAUUGAAAGCAGCUGGUUAUGUACCCAACAGAAAACUUGUCUUGCAGGAUAUAGAAGAUGAUGCGAAAGAGAAGGCACUAUAUUUACACAGUGAGAAACUGGCAAUUGCUUUUGGACUUCUUAGGUCGUGUUCGCCGGCACCGAUACGGAUCACAAAGAAUCUUCGUGUAUGUGAUGACUGCCACUCGGUUGCCAAGCUUGUGUCUGGUAUAUACAACAGGAACAUAAUCUUGAGAGACCGGUAUCGGUUCCACCAUUUUACUGGAGGUUCCUGUUCAUGUAUGGAUUAUUGGUGAAUGCUACUCGAGAAUUGUACAUGAGAUCUCUGCUACGGAUUGGGUCAUGUAUGGAUUAACGGUGA